AUGCACGUGAUCGUCAGGAUUUCAUCAGGAAAGUCAGCAAAACCACCGACUACUACUGUCUGGCAUUUUACAACUGCAAUGUAUGUACACAUACCACGCAGCAUGGACCAUACAGACGAUCAGCCAACGCGCAUUGCAUUCAGCGCUAUGGACUGCAUUACAGUGCUGGGGACCCCUGCGGAAGAAGAAGGGGGAGGCAAAAUAGAUCUCAUAAAAGCUGGAGCAUUUGAUGACCUGGAUGUCGUUUUUAUGGCACACCCAUCGCAAGAAAAUGCAGCUUAUCUGCCCGAUGUAGCAGAGCACGAUGUGACUGUGAAAUACUAUGGAAAAGCUUCUCAUGCUGCUGCUUAUCCUUGGGAAGGAGUUAAUGCAUUAGAUGCUGCUGUUCUUGCAUACAACAAUCUGUCUGUUUUAAGACAGCAAAUGAAACCAACCUGGAGAGUUCAUGGCGUAAUAAAAAAUGGUGGUGUGAAACCUAACAUCAUUCCUUCUUACACUGAACUAGAGUUUUACUUGCGUGCCCCUUCAGUGAAAGAUCUUUCUGUUCUGACAGAGAAAGUUGAAAACUGCUUCAAAGCUGCAGCACUGGCCACGGGAUGCAAAGUGGAAAUAAAAGGUGGUGAACAAGAUUACUACAAUGUGCUUCCAAAUAGGAGCCUGGAGAAUGUUUACAAGGAGAAUGGAAAGAAGCUUGGAAUAGAAUUUAUAUCAGAUGACUGUGUUUUGAAUGGCUUGUCAGGUUCCACUGACUUUGGAAAUGUUACGUUUGUAGUUCCUGGGCUUCAUCCUUAUUUUUAUAUUGGCUCAGAAGCAUUGAAUCAUACUGAGCAGUACACGGAAGCUGCAGGGUCACAGAAUGCUCAGUUCUAUGCUUUGCGCACAGCAAAAGCUUUGGCAAUGACAGCACUGGAUGUAAUUUUCAAGCCAGAUCUGCUCGAAGAAGUCAGACAAGACUUUAGACAGGUGAAACUGAGAGAGGAGGGGCAACUAAAUCCGGUAGAACCAAGCAAAGAAUCUGGCCUUGGCAUAGGAGCUGCAUGUGCAUCACACUAAACAUCUGUUCUCCACCUUAGUGGGGGUGACUUGAUGGUGAAGCUGUAUUUGAAUUCCAGAAGAGUCUGGAUAGACAUAGUUGAAGAAAUAUUUGGGUUUUUUUAGGAAUAGAAAACCAAAUAGUAUCAUUCAAAAAAUACUUAAUUUCAUGUAGCUGUAGUGUUUGCUGUAUUAAAUAUGGUGAUGAAUUUUAGAGAUGGUCUCAAAUACAUUGUUUUUCAGUUGCAAUGUUGAAUAACUGAUAGGGUUUAGAUCACUUGCGCCAGGGUUUUUUUCUGUACUGCUAUAGAAGUAUCCCUGAUAUGGAAAAUAUAGCAUUUACGUGGACAUUUUAAUUCUAAAUAAGCAUUAUUUACUCAGUGAUCUUAGGCCAAAUCUGACCUACUAAGCAUUUCCACCUGGCUAGUCACCUUUUCUUGGAACAAGACAGAAGCAAGCACUAGCAACAAAGCUCCUUCUGGCAUGCGUCCAUAUGCUUAAAACUUGAGCUGCUUUCAUUGAAGAGAAGAGUGUGUGUUUGGAGGCGUGCCUGUUUUUGACAACAGUAGCUCCUAGCAAUGGCAGAGAGGGAACUGUAUGUAUAGAAGCAGAACCUGUCAAGGCUGAACUGUCCUGAAAUGCAUUA